AUGGAUCUUUCCAAGUGUGAAAACCCAAGUCUCCCCUCCAUCUAUAAAUAGUAAAGCAACAUCCUUCUUUUCUCCCCCACAUUCAGUUCUUGUAUCAUUAUUUCAUUGCUUUCAUCACUUUAGAAAGAAAAAAAGAACAAAGAACCCAAACCCAAAAGCUACACAAAGCACGUUUCAUCCUUCUAUUAAAGCAUUGCUUCAGUAUUCUGCAAUCUGCAGACUUUGCCAAUGGUGAAGACUGAGCACAAGAUCCAACCACCUCAGUCAAAGCAAAUGGCACCAUCAUCAUCAUCACCACCAUCAUCAUUAUGCAAAAAGAAGUACAAGGGUGUAAGAAUGAGGAGCUGGGGUUCAUGGGUGUCAGAGAUUAGGGCCCCAAAUCAGAAAACAAGGAUUUGGUUAGGGUCGUAUUCAACACCAGAAGCAGCUGCUAGAGCCUAUGAUGCUGCACUUUUAUGCCUCAAAGGUUCCUCAGCAAAUCUCAACUUCCCACUUACAUCCUCCCAUUACAUUCCCGAUACCAUAAUGUCUCCCAAGUCAAUCCAAAGGGUCGCUGCAGCUGCUGCGAAUAGCUUUGUUGAUGACAAUCCCGCCGCCGCUGCCACCCCGCUAAUAUCUCCACCACUUGCGCCCUCCACAUCCUCCAACACUUCCUCACAAUCUAAUCAAGUCGAUGAUGAUGUGUUCUUUAUACAAGCUCUUGUGGACGAGCCUGUUUCUAUGAUGGAACCAUGGUACUCUUUUGACAGCCUGCAAAUGCAAUCUCCCAAGUUCGGUGAUCAGGUUUUUAAUGUAACCCCAUUUGAUCCACCGUCCAUGACAACGAUCGAUGAUCUUUAUGAGGAAGCUGGCGAUAUUCGUCUAUGGAGUUUUUGCUAAAAAAAAAAAAAAAAAAAACCCAAACACAAAAACAAAGUCAAGUCGUUAAUUAGUACUACCAUAUAUUACACCAUUCAUUUUGUUCAUUUGAUUUCAUUAUUUAUAUAUUACACCAUUCUUUUUUUUUUCAUUUGGUUUUCUCUUCAUCGAAUGAUCUUCUUGGGCUUGAAGAUGUUACAGACAAUGACCAAAAUCCUUUUUUCUUUUUUUCAUACUUUCAGUUAGGAAAAGAAAUUCCACAUGAAGAUGACAAUAGGAACCUCAAAUGGGGGAUUUCAUUUUCAGUAUAAUCAAUUUAUGUGUAAAUUAUGAAAAUGAAGUGUGUCAAAUAUAUAUUCAAUGUUAUCAAUAACAAUAAGAGAAGAAAAAAAA